AUGUCAAUCUGCUCGUAUAUCCUACGAGGCAUCGGCUCAUUCAUAGUCGUGACCCUCUCUCUCUUCGCGCUGGGCCAAAAAGUGCCCAAAGCCGCCUUCCUCGCCCGCUGUCUAGCCGCCUACGGCUCCCUCCUCCUAUGCGCUACGUACGGCGUACUCGCCUCGAUCGUCCUCCGUCUGGUCGGCUACGGCCGCGUCUCACAAUGGGCCACGGCGCGCAGCUUCAAGUUCGUCAUGCGGUACACGACCGGCGUGAAGUUUGAGAUCGUCGAAGGCCAGGAACACCUCUCUACCCGCCCGGCCGUCUUCCUUGGAAACCACCAGUCGGAACUGGACGUGCUAAUGCUCGGAUACAUCUUCCCGCCGUAUUGCAGCGUGACAGCCAAGAAAUCGCUGAAGAAUAUCCCCUUUCUCGGCUGGUUCAUGACUCUCUCGCGGACGGUGUUUAUUGAUCGCGCGAACCGCGAAACGGCUAUGAAGGCUUUUGACGGCGCCGUCGAGGAGAUGAACACGCAUCGCCAGAGCGUGUUUAUUUUCCCCGAGGGAACGCGGAGCUAUUCUGACGAGCCGACGCUGCUGCCCUUUAAGAAGGGCGCGUUUCAUCUGGCGGUCAAGGCCGGCGUGCCCAUCGUGCCGAUUGUGACGGAGAACUACGCGCAUGUGCUGUCACCCCGGGCGGGGCGGUUCCAGGCGGGGACGAUCAAGAUCAAAGUUCUGCCUCCUAUCCAGACCCAGGAUCUCACCACGGCCGAUGUCGAUAGCUUGACCCUAUCGACACGCGAGUCCAUGCUCAAAACCCUGGUGGAAAUGGCCCACGCCAACAAGGAGAAGACCAAUACCGCUAACGGCGCGGCCGUCUCUACCGCUGUUGAAAUCUAA